CGUCCAAUUUGUUGUUUAUUACGACUCUUUUCGCUCUUCCCUUUAUCCACUGUGGUUUUCGUCGGCCUUCCGAAACGAAACCCUAGAUCAGAGAGCGAAGUUCAAUAUUGAGAAGAAGAGAGACAGAGAGAACGGAUCGAAUCAAUGGCGGAGCACUUGGCUUCUAUAUUCGGUACAGAGAAGGAUCGGGUGAACUGCCCUUUUUACUUCAAGAUCGGAGCUUGCAGACAUGGUGAUAGGUGUUCUAGGCUUCAUACGAAGCCUAGCAUCAGUCCAACAUUGCUUAUCGCUAAUAUGUAUCAGAGACCUGAUAUGAUCACUCCUGGAAUUGAUCCUCAGGGUCAGGCCAUUGAUCCUCACAAAGUCCAGGAGCACUUCGAGAAUUUUUAUGAAGAUCUAUUUGAGGAGUUGAACAAAUAUGGAGAGAUUGAAAGCUUGAAUAUUUGUGACAAUCUGGCUGAUCACAUGGUGGGUAAUGUAUAUGUUCAGUUUAGAGAGGAAGACCAUGCUGCAAAUGCAGUGAAGAAUCUUAAUGGAAGAUUCUAUGCAGGACGUCCAAUUAUGGCCGACUUUUCUCCUGUGACGGAUUUCCGUGAAGCCACAUGUAGGCAAUAUGAAGAAAACACGUGCAAUCGAGGAGGCUAUUGCAACUUUAUGCAUCUCAAAAAGAUUAGCAGGGAAUUGAGGCGGCAACUAUUCGGGAGAUAUCGGCGAAGACGCAGCCGCAGCCGAAGCAGGAGUCGAAGUCCAUUCAGGCAUCGUAAUUAUGAGGAGCGUCCACAUGGUGGUGGUGGCGGUGGUGGUGGCCGUGGCCGUGGUCGUGGAUUUGGUUUUGGUAGAAGGAAUGAUGACCGGGAUCCCCAUUACCAUGAUGAGCGAGGCAGGAGGCCCAGGAGCCGAAGCCCAGGACGGAGGAGGGGAAGAAGCCCGAGCCCCGGAGGAAGGAGGAAUAGGAGUCCGGUUCGGGAAGGUAGUGCUGAAAGAAGGGCUAAAAUUGAGCAGUGGAACAGGGAGAGGGAACAAGCUCAAUCUAGUAAUAAAAAUAACAGCAGUGUUGAUCACAACGAUGAUGAGAGCAAUGGGUAUGCUCAGAAUGGAGGCAUGUACAAUGAUCAGCAGCAGCAACAGCCACCGCAGCAAGGAGGAUAUGGCUACUGACACAAUUGAAAUUUGUGGUGGUGUGCAGGUUCACAAUUCUGUGAUAUGGAAUGUAGAACUUAAUUUUAUUUUUGGGCUCCUCUCUCCUUUCUGAUCUUCCAUGAUAAUUCCUAACCGUGUGCUUGCAUGCCUGGAGUGCCUGUGAAUACUGCAAGGCUCCCAUAUAUUUUUUUAAUCUUCUCCUCUCCACAUUCUCAAUUGCCUAUCUACAGCAGAAAUGAAUUUUUUUAGUGGUUAUAUUUCAACAUUUUUUGGCUGCCAUCUCAUUUCUUCACAAUUGAAAUUUAAAAAAAAUUUUCCUUGGAGCUUGAAAUAUUUUUGGGCGACUUGCUGGAACCACUUAGGGAUGAAAAAUGGCUUACCAUUUUUUGCUAUGUCUGCGUGCAUGUUUCAAUAUAUUGAUCAUUCUACACCACAAACAUACAGGGACCCAUCAAUUCUCCCAUGUUUCUGUAUUUAGGCUUUUGAAUAAUUUCUAUUUUUCUUUUCCCAGAGAAGUAGUAGUCUUACCUGCUUUAUGAGUUUUGCAGGUUCAGGUAUCCCUGCUCAUGGAUCAGGCCUCUUUUAUAUGGCAGCUUACCAUGAAAUUUCUGUACAGGUUGGUUGCAUUAUCGGAGUGACUUGGCAGGAUUUAACAGAUACAAUGGUGGAAGAAUUGUUGCAGAAGUUUUCUCAGAUGUUCAAAGCAGGUGAGGUUUUCCUUUCAAACCCUACACUCAUUCCUAUCAAACUGCAGGUUACUCUUUCUGGAUCAGGAUAUCAGACAAUUUCAGCUAAUGCUUUGAGUUUCGUACAUGCUGGUAUAUGGAGUUUACAUUGUACUGUGUGGGAGUGUUUAUUAUAUUAGAAGGGAUAAUUGCUCAAUUUUAUUGGUUUUUUUGAUAUAUACUUUCACUCUUCCAAAA